AUGCAACCCCCAUCCCUCAUCUGCUUCCUCCCCCUCCGCAACCCCCCCAACCUCUCAGGUGGUGGUGCAGCGUCUGCCAGUGACGGUGGCAGUGGUGGGGGGGCGCUCACUUUCCCUGUUCAUUUGUCUAUUCUUCCUUUCCCCCCAUCCAUCUUCCACACCCUUCCCCGCCGGCGCCCCCCGCUGCAGCUGGUGGUGCAGCGGCUACCAGUGACGGUGGCAGUGGUGGGCGGCCCAGUGACUUUCCUCUCGGCGGGGCACAGGGGGCCGCAGCCAAUAAUGUUCAACCAGGGGCUGUAUGGGACGACCAGGGAGAGGAGUCUCGCCACGUGGGCGUCCUGUGAUGGAGCCACCUUCCUGCAGUCACUGCCUGAUGACGUGGAUCUGGUGGUUGCUGAGCUGGCACUAUCCGACCAGGGCGAGGCCAAGGGGCAAGGCCCAGAAUCCUUUCUACAGAUGUAUGAUACCGUGCUGCAGCAGCUGCUGCUGCGCUGGGGGGGUGGUAGGUCGCCGCAAACCCCACUUCAGCUGCGGCUGCGGCAAGGGGAGAAGGGGAAAGAAGGAGGGCUGGGGGGAGUGAAGGCGGUGGCUGGUGCAGCGGUGAUGAUGGUGAAUUUCUUCUCCUUCUGCCGUGGCAACCGGGCGUGCCGAGAGGCAGAGGUAUGUGUUGCGGGGCAGGGGUAUGUGUUGCGGGGCAGAGGUAUGUGUUGCGGGGCAGAGGUAUGUGUUGCGGGGCAGAGGUAUGUGUUGCGGGGCAGAGGUAUGUGUUGCGGGGCAGAGGGGUAUGUGUUGCGGGGCAGAGGUAUGUGUUGCGGGGCAGAGGUAUGUGUUGCGGGGCAGAGGUAUGUGUUGCGGGGCAGAGGUAUGUGUUGCGGGGCAGAGGACCCCUCUCUCUCCUUCGCUGAUGUGGGUCCCUUCUCCUUCGGCCUCCCGCCCCACCAUCCAGCCUACCCCCACCAGGCGCCAGAAACCGUCUCAGAAGACAACAUAACAGUGUUGGCUCAGUACUAUAGCCUGCCUGUACUCUCCACGCGAGAUGCCUUCUUUACCCUGCUGGGCCACCAGGCGCCAGGCUAUAGGUUGAAAGAAGUAGUCACGACAGGCCACUCCAACCUCCCACUGCACGUGGAGCCAGACUCGCUUUCCUCUGCCAUUCCUCCUUCUGCCAGCGAUCCUCCUCCUGACACCGCCGAUGAUUCUUACGGCACUGGUGGUGCUGCCGGUGCUGGCAGCAGCCCCGUUGACUCCAUUGACCCGAUUGACCCGCAUGCCUUGUCUGGAGCCUUGCCCACGGCCGUGCAAGCCAGGACCAAGUACGCUGACGUCAUCACUGCCCUCUUCCACUCGGCACUCACAGGCAAGUCGGCCGCUUUCUGCUCUUUUCACGCCUAA